AUGGCCGACACAGAUGCAGUAACCACCGGCUCCGAUGGCUUGGUCGACGAGACACCCAACCAGCGACAAGCUAGAUUGAGACGAGAAAAGCGGCAGAAAAAGAUGACGGAGCAGGGUGAAGACCGCUUGGCCAAGAUCAAAGCGCUGAAUGGAGGAAUCGCGCCACCUGAUGAGGUGCUUGGUGGACCAGCAGUACCUCGUGUUGCAUCAGUGGUGGACGAUCCGGAGGAAGUGGAUAUCACCAAUUUCUCUGCUCCAAGCUCGAAGACCACGACAGGCGACCCUAUGGCGGAUAUGAUGAUGCAGAUGCAGCAGGGAAUGGGUGGUGCGGGGAGUGGAGCAGAGGACGACCCUAUCGCCCGCAUGAUGCAACAGAUGAUGGGCCAGAUGGGCGGACAAGCAGAUCCCAGCAAUCCAAAUUCCACUCAGCAGGACUUACCUCCCAUGCUACAAGCCCUUAUGGGCGGUGGGGGUCAACAGCAGGGAGGAGCACAAGCCACAUCAAGCGGGACGGCUCAUCUUUGGCGCAUUGUUCACGCAAUCUUUGCCUUCAUUCUCGCCGUAUACAUCUGCCUCACAUCCACAUUCAACGGCACGCAAUUGGGACGCAGCCAGAGCGUCUAUAGCGAGGAAUCUGGAUACGGACUUGGACCACGCCUCUUCAUCAUCUUCACAUCCUCAGAACUGGUACUGCAGAGUACGCGGUACUUCCUCGAGAGGGGCCAGCUGCAGGGUGGAGGACCUCUAGCAUCGAUCGCAAACAGCGGAUUCAUCCCAGAACCCUACGCCAACUACAUCCGCGUCGUGGGACGAUACAUCGGAAUCGCAAAGACCAUCUUCAGCGAUGUCAUGGUGAUCGUCUUCGUAAUGGGAUGCAUGGCAUGGUGGAAAGGAGACAGCGUACCCACAGUAGCUUAA